AGGGGAGGGACUCCCGACGACAAGUCUGAGGCGCUGCUGUGCUCCACGCUGGGGCUGCACCAGUGCAAUGUUUUAAUCCUAAACUCGAUCCCCCGCUUGUUUGCUUUGCGUAAGAGUCACGCUACGACGCAUCGCGCUUUUUUUCUCCCCCCCUGUUUUUUUUAUUUUUGGUCUAAAAGCUCGUUUGGCUCGGCUCAGCCUGGCCCGGGCCUGGCCUGCACGCCGUGCGUGUGCAGAGGGGAGGCUUGUGGUGCAGGCUAAUGGCACCUGAUCGACCUAAUCACAGGCACGAGCACGCGUCAAGUUUGGUCGUGAACUUUGUCACAUUUCGGAAUCAUGUCCAGGGCGCUGUUGGCGAGAAACGGCAGGAGAGCACUACCGCUAAUCUACGGGGGGCGCAGAGGCACCGACACACUUUCAGGAGUUCAUCUGGCUGCGAGGCGGUUCAUCGUAGAUAUGUCCUACUCGGCGCACUUCAUGGAUUUUAAAGGAUCCUCCAUAGCGAGCAGUAUGAAAAAGCUGGUAGUCACCAAGCUCAGCCCGAAUUUCAGAGAGGCCGUUUCUACGCAAACCGUGGCCGUUCCGACACCCGGAGACGCGGACUUGCUGGUCAGAAAUCGUUUUGUGGGAAUCAACGCCUCAGACAUUAAUUACUCAGCGGGCCGUUACGACCCUUCGGUGAAGCCUCCCUUUGAUGCAGGUUUUGAGGGCAUUGGGGAGGUUGUCGGCCUUGGCCUUAGCGCGAGCUCCCGCUACACCGUCGGGGAUACUGUGGCCUACUUCGGCAGUGGCGCGUUUGCCGAGUACACGGUGGUCCCAGCCAAGGAAGCUGUGCCUGUUCCUGCGGUGAAGCCAGAGUUCCUCACCCUUUUGGUCAGCGGCGCCACGGCUUAUAUAGCCUUAAAACGUCUGGGCGACCUGGCUAAAGGUGAGACUGUCCUGGUCACGGCGGCCGCAGGAGGAACGGGACAGUUUGCUGUGCAGUUUGCCAAGCAGGCUGGUUGCCAUGUCAUUGGGACCUGCUCGACCAACGAGAAAGCCGGUUUCCUCAAAUCCAUCGGCUGCGACAGGCCGAUCAACUACACCGCUGAAGACUUGGCUAAGACCCUGAGGAAAGAGUAUCCACAAGGCAUAGACGUGGUCUAUGAGUCAGUCGGAGGGAGCGUCUUAGAGCUCGCAGUAAACAGUCUGGCCAAUAAAGGCCGGCUGAUAGUGAUUGGCUUCAUCUCAGGGUACCAGAGCGCUUCAGGGAUCCCACCUUUCAAAGGAGGAACGCUACCAGUCAAGCUACUCCAGAAGUCGGCCAGCAUUCGGGGUUUCUUCUUGCCCCACUUCUUAGGUGUGACCCCAGCAUGCAAAGCUGCUACCUUCACCAGACGGUGCAGGAAAUCAGAAACACACCAGGCCAAGGCGGUUCUGAAUCCGUAGUGGAGCAAGUCAGAACACCUCUCAAAGUCACUCACACGUACGCCACAGCCUGUGUCAGCAAGAGACACCGUAGGUAUGUUUGUUGCUUUGAGUCAGGCCCGUAAUGUCUUACGUGCACGGUUAUUUUCAAUUUUCCGAGUAGCUGUUAGGUUUUUUUUAAAAAAACAACUAUUUUUAGCUGCUUAAAAAUAUGUGUGCAUGUUAAUCAUUGUUUCUGUUACAGUUGGAGUUGGAUGACUCACGCUAGUCGAUGCUUGCCAUGUUUUUGUGUAGCUUGCUCUUACAAAUUUAGGUUAAAAAUUAUUUACUUAAAUCACGGAUGUGACGUUUUUGCACUCAUUUAUUCAGUAUUUAAAGCACCACAUCUGUGAUCUAAAGCCUCUCGGGUCAGAAUAAAAACAAUUUUUUACCCAUGAAAGUUCAACUUUGAUUGCACAGUUUAAAAAAAUGUUUUUAAAGAUUUUUUAUGGAUAUAAUUAAAGCAGAAAUGGAAGUACUGGGAAUUGCAUAGGCGUAAGUGACCAAGAGAGCAAACACACUUUAAAUGACUGCCAGUCACCUCUUAACACCACUGCUUGCUCAGGAGUUAAAAUGAAAAAAGAAAAGCAAGCUCUUACAUGCCGGCCACACAAAAGGUGAGAGGAGUGAUGAUGCACGUGGGUGCGUAGACGAAUUUAGCAUGCGUCAGUACUCCUGUGCAUCCAUGUUGGACUAUGAGGAGAAGGAGGAGGCCGGGUGUAGCAUCUCUUCAAUUAACAGGAGAGGCCCUGUCUCGCCGUCCUCCGGGGCCUACCUGUACCUCCACUGAUUAGUGAGCAGUCACAGCCCCAAUUAGAGAACACAGGAACCUGGAGAGACAACACUCUUUAUUUAAUUGGAUUGUGUUGCAGUCCUAGGCUGCUAACUGGCAUCGUAUUGAAGCAACCUGGAACUGCAGAGUGUAAACAAGACAUUAAAGAUGGUGAAGGUCUUCUAGAAAAGUAUUCACCGGCUGCUGUGAGGUGGUGAAAGAAAGGAGAAAAAAAUCAAGAAAUUAGAAAUCAUGCUAAGUGUCUCUCUCAUUUUAGUUUUGUUGCUGCUCCUCAGAAGGGACAAACACUAACACACAAACUUAAAUAGGUGAUGUACAUGGAAGGAAUGAAGGGUAAACUUCAUUUUCCCUUUAAUGUGAAUGCGGAUGACAUUGUAAUGCAUGCAAUGCAAAUGUAAUAUACUGAUUAUCGCAAGUAUUAUCAAACUGAUUGCAUAGGAAUUUAUAACAUUGGAAAAAGUUGAAUGUGUUGCCUCCAUUGGAUCGCCAUCUAUUCCCAGGAAUUUACCUUGUGUACUAGCUACUGUGUAGCAUUUCAGAUGGCAUAAGAUUGUAGUUUUAUUUUACAUUUACUACAACAGCUACUAUGUAACAUUUAAGGAGAAAACAUUCAGAAAUAACAAGCUGAAUCCAUGAAAAUUAAGCACACUGAGGGCUAUUUUUGCUACUACAGUCAUAUUUACUCUGGUGUGACUUUUAAAAGUUGACUUCUUUAAGCUAAUGGAAGAGAACCAAAUAUAGUCUUUAGUGUAUAACACUGUGCACUCAGUCUGCUUAUGUUAUAUUUCCUCGCUAUUUGUGCUUUACUUUGAUGCAGCAAUUAUGGAGUAAUUGUCACUUGUGACCAUGGUGGCCACGAG